AUGCUGUUCAUCAAGGAGGACCUCAAGACCAACGACACGCAGACGCACGUCCAGGUCCUCGCCGGCAUCCUCAACGUCUGCGCCCUUGUCGGCUCCCUCACGGCCGGCCGCGUCUCCAACUGGAUCGGCCGCCGACGCACCAUCUCUCUGGCGGCCUUCAUCUUCCUCGCGGGGUCAGUCCUGAUGGGCCUCUCGCCUAACUUCGGCACGCUCCUGGCACGACGCUGCAUGGCCGGCGUCGGCGUCGCAUACUGA